AUGCAGUUCCGAUCAAGCUUCUCCCACCUCAUUACUCUCCUCACAGUUUUGUCCCUCUCGCCCUUGAUAUCCGCCAAAAACAUCAUCGAAUCGAAUUCCUUAAACUCGUGCAAGGCGGGCACAAACAACUUCACUGCAAGCUUGUUUAAUGUUUCUUAUACUCCCGACAGUGGUGUGGUCCUUGUCAACAUCAAUGGCGUGUCAUCGAUUGUUGGAUACAUCAAGGCCCAGGUCGAACUGAUCGCUUAUGGCUUCACCAUUCUCAACCAGACUGUCGACCCUUGUGACAUGGGCCUGGCUGGUUUCUGCCCUAUGAAGGCCGGUCUCCCCAUCACCCUCGAAACAACUUUUACUGUGGGCAACGAUAUUGCCAAGAAUAUUCCAGGCAUUGCAUACAGUGUACCCGAUCUUGAUGGUGUUGUUCGGGUCUAUGUUCAUUCCAAGGAUGACAAUUCCAUCAUCGCAUGCUUGGAAGCCGAGUUGUCCAACACGAAAUCCGUGUAUCAAGCUGCCGUUGGCUGGGCUACCGCUGUUAUUGCCGGCUUGGGUCUGGUAACAGCUGGCAUCACCUCAGGAUUAGGACAUCCAAACACUGCCGCUCACGUGGCUGCCAAUGCGGUCUCGCUCUUUGGCUUCUUCCAAGCUCAAGCUAUCAUUGGUAUGACUUCGGUCUCUAUGCCCCCAAUUGUGCAAUCAUGGACACAGAACUUCCAAUGGAGCAUGGGUAUCAUCCGAGUCGGCUUCUUGCAAUCCAUCGCAACUUGGUACCAACGAGCAACCGGUGGCACUCCCACUACCUACCUAUCAACCCUGAGCUAUUUCUCCGUGCAAGUCCAGAAGCGUUCCAUCAGACGAUCUCUCGAUGCCAUGGCUUCUUUUGCCAACGCCGGUCUUCGAUCUUAUGCCAAACGAGAAACAUCGACAGCAACAGACAACGUCAAAAUCGUUCGUGGGAUUGACAGGGUGGGUUUCCGUGCCGGUAUCGAACAAACCAAUAUCUUCAUGACUGGACUGAUUUUCUUCGUCUUCAUCCUUUUCUUGGCUGUGGUGCUUGUCGCACUCUCAAAGGUCCUGCUUGAUAGCUUUGCCAAGGCUGGUUGGAUGCAAUCCGAGAGAUUCUCCGAGUUCAGAAAUGGAUGGAAAAUCGUCAUCAAGGGCAUCGUGUUCCGAUUGGUUCUUCUUGGAUUCGUCCAAAUGUCGAUAUUGUGCUUAUGGCAACUCAUCGAACGUGACUCGGCUGCUGAGGUGGUCCUCGCUCUCAUCGUCUUUCUCUCGAUGGCCGGUGCUUUGGGAUUUGCCUCUUGGAAAGUCAUCUCCCUCGCCAAAAAGUCGGUUGAAAUGCACAAGAACCCAGCAUACAUCCUGUAUUCCGAUCCCGAGUGUCUCAACAAGUGGGGUUUCCUCUAUGUUCAAUACCGCGCUACCGCUUACUACUUUGUUGUGCCUUUCUUGGGAUACAUUCUCUUCAAGGCCAUCUUUAUCGCCUUCGCCCAGAAAUCCCCUGUUGCUCAGGCUGUUGGAUUGCUGGUUGUUGAAGCGGUUGCACUGAUUGGUGUCAGCGUUCUGAAGCCAUGGAUGGACAAGAAGACAAACAUUUUCAACAUCUCCAUUGCCUCAGUCAACUUCCUCAACGCCAUCUUCCUCUUGAUCUUCUCUGAUGCAUUUGGUCAACCGCCUAUGGUCUCUGGUGUGAUGGGUGUUAUUUUCGCCCUUUACAACAUCAUCUUUGCCGCGGUCCUACUUGUGUUGGUUCUCAUUGCCUCAAUUUACGCCAUCGCUUCGAAGAAUCCUGAGGUUAGAUAUCAACCUAUGCGUGAUGACCGAGGAAGUUUCAUCAAAUCUCAAGCUGCUCUCACAACAGAGUUGGAUGCUCUAGGUGCUACUGCCAGAGGCAGUGGACAAGUCUACAACAAUGACAAGACCGUCGAUGACGAUGAUUCUCUUUCGGGCGAGUCUACCAUGAAGCAACAAGCUGCGGUAUCUCAGCAAUCCAUGACCCAGAUGUAUCCCAGUCAGGACAAUGGACGACGGGGACCACAACAGUCUUAUGAUCAAGGCAACAACGGCUAUGGCAAUAAUGAUGGCUAUGGUGGCUAUGGUGGCCGACCAACAACAAAUCAAUCAUAUGACCGCAGCAACAGCAGUCUAAGCAACCAGUACGCUCCACCACGAUCUGCUCAUUCAGGAUAUGCACCUCAAUCGGGAGCAUUCCGUCAACAAAACAAUGCCAGUCCUUGGCAACGAGGUGCAGGAUAUGAUUGA